AUGGUGUCAGGAGGUGUUUGCAAAACUUGCCCUCAGGGUUGGACUCACUUUGAAGGGAAAUGUUACCUGUUCCAAGUCAAUCCAAUGGAUUGGGCUGAUGCAGAGCGUCACUGCACCACUCUUGGUGCCAAUCUGCCUUCUGUCCAUUCAAAAGGAGCAUAUGACUUCCUCAGAAACACAGUAAACCUACUGAGUGGAAAAGACUUAGCCAUUUGGCUUGGAGGGUACGAUGCAGUGAAGGAGGGUGUGUGGCUGUGGAGCGACGGCUCCCACUUCGACUUCAAAUUUUGGCAUAAAGGGGAGCCAAACAACUUUCAGGGAAAGGAGAACUGCAUGGAGAUGAACUUCAUGGAAAAGGAUUUUGUCAACGACAAUGCCUGUAGUACCAAGAAAGCUUUCUUUUGUCAGAAGCACCUGUGA